AUGUUGAUAUUUGGAGGACUCCAAGCAGCAUAUGCAAGGGAUAAGAAAACAGAACCAGGCCUCCCCGGACUUCCGAGUUUGGAGAAACGUUUCUUUGAUUUCGACUUGCGCAUCGAGAGGAAAUUGGUACAAAUGGAAAACACCUUUUUAGAGAAGUUGAAUUCUCUGGAGACAUUCUAUAAGAGGAAAUUGGCUAAAAUAGAGAAUAAACUUUCUGAAAGUGAAAAGUUGCAAGCAUCUACGGAAAUGUUCUAUAGCAAAAAGUUGGUUGAGGUAAAGAAUAGCUGUGACAGCAUUGAAGAAAAACUUCAUUUAUCACAGAAAAUGAACGACAUCAUAUUAAACAAAGUUGAGAAAAGACUAAACAAUAUAGAAGAAAGACUGAUCGAGGCCGUACACUCAAAUGAAAACAAGAUAAAUGAAUUGGAAAGAAAUGUCUACCGUACACAAGAAAAACAUAACUCUGAUUUUAAACUCUUUGAAAAACAGCUCACUGCAAUAUAUCAAAAACAAUAUGAUCAUGUGGGAAGAAAAACAAUUGCAAAAGCUGAAAAUACUGAACUGAAAUAUGACAAAGUGAUUCCAAACAGCGGCGAAGUAAAUGAAGAAAAUGUCUCAACACAAAGAACCGUUGGAUAUGCCAUAAACGAAAGUGAUACCGAAGUUUACCGAAAUGUCAAAGAUAGAAAAUCAGAUGACACAGUGUAUCCGUCCUUGAAACGUCGCCUAACACCUUCUGGAAUCAGUCGUAUUGCAUUUACAGCUUAUUUAUCCAAUACUGUCACAGAACUAGGUAAACAGCAUCCUAUACCAUUCGAUCAAGUCAUGCUCAACGAAGGACAUGCAUAUGACACAGUGUUGCAUGCCUUCAUUUGUCCAGUAAAUGGCAUAUACAUGUUCUAG